UCCAGGUGCUUGUAGAAAAGACCCCAGUGUAGUUCUCUGUUCUGUCUUUUCUGUCUGACAUGAAGAACGAAAACUGAUAGAUAAGUAGCUGAGCAAAGCUCAUUUUGAUCGCGUUAUCUGUAGAUUCUUGCCCAUUCUAACAUUGAGCUACCCUGAGGAUUGCUCCUAGUUGUGGAACAGUGGAUCGAUCGCUGCCUCUCGAGCUCGGCUGAUUUUCUUCUCUGAGUGUUUCUCGCACUACAGUAUUUCAUUUGAAUUUUUGGAAGAUUUUCGACCAUGAAGCUAACUGUGGUAUCAUUGGAGACCGAUAGCGCCCAGGAGCUGGACGUAGCUCCGGACAUGGAAAUAAUGAAUGUCAAAGCACUGCUGGAGGCUGUGACAGGUACUUCGGCCGAUUCCAUGAUCUUGACAUUCCAGCAAACCCCUCUUGCUGACGAUGAAAGAACGUUGGAUGACUAUGGCCUUGUAGAUGGGGGGUUGAUAACGAUAAGUACAAGCAGUACUACUGCCAGUGGGUCAGGGAUUAGUGCACCUCAUCCUAAUCCGCCUGUGUCAGCCGCUGGCGCUGCUGCUGGUCCUUCUGGUGUUCCACAUGGCAAUAGUGCUGGUGUUGGUGUGGGGGCUCCGCCAUCAGGUGCCAUGCUACCGAACAUUGACUGGUCAAGUGUGAGUGUGGCUGGUAGUAAUCCCAGUAACAGGUCACCACGGACACAGGGAGCGCCAACUCGGGCUGCACCCAGUGAUGAAGAAGACCCGAUGGUACUGCGUCAGAAGCUGCUUGAUGAUCCCGUACAAGCACAGCUAUUGUCAGAAAAUAACCCAUCGCUUUACCAAGCAUUGGUUAGCGGAGAUCCUGAGAAGUGGAAGGAAGAACUACAGCGGCAGCGUGCUUUCAUUGCUGAGCAGAACGUGGAGAGAAUACGACUGCUGGCUGCGGACCCGUUUGACAGUCAAGCACAAGAAGCUAUUGCGGAAAGGAUUCGAAUGGAGAACGUCGAGGCAAACAUGCGGACCGCCAUGGAACAUAACCCGGAAGCAUUCGGUCAGGUGGUUAUGCUCUACGUCAAGUGUAAGGUGAACGGAGUGGCUGUAAAGGCAUUCGUCGAUUCCGGUGCUCAGAUGACCAUCGUGAGCAAGGCGUGUGCCGAGCGAUGCAACAUCAUGCGACUGAUGGACGGCCGGUAUGCGGGCAUCGCGCGCGGUGUUGGCACGCAGAAGAUCCUUGGCCGGGUGCACCUGGCACAGAUCCAAAUAGAAGAUGACUUCCUGCAGGCGUCGUUCUCAAUACUCGAGGAGCAGACCAUGGACCUACUGAUCGGUUUGGACAUGUUGAAGCGGCACCAGUGCUGCAUCGAUCUACGCAAGAAUGUGUUACACAUUGGCACCACUGGCACUGAAACGCCAUUCCUAGCUGAGAAAGACCUACCAAGUGAUGCGAGGCUGACCAUGGCCCGUACCAUGUCGGAUGCAUCGGAUGCUGAGCUGGCCGCGACGUUGGCCGAAUCAGCUAGCCAGCAACAGCAGCAGGCACAGGGGGCUCAGCCUGGUGGAGCAUUGACCAGUGCAGCUGAGCAACCCGUGUCCCCGCAGGCUGCACUCUCCCCUGCCAACGCUGCUGCACUGUCGCCUGCGCCUGGUGUGAACGAAGCCAGUGUGAGUCAGCUGCAAGGGAUGGGAUUCUCACGCCAGGACGCAAUAGCUGCUUUGCAAGAGUCCGGAGGGGACUAUAACAUGGCACUGAUGUCCCUCUUUGCAAGGUCAUUAAGUGGAGUUGGACACUAGCAGGUGCCAACACUCUUUCUAGGAAGCGUCAUUAUGUUGACUCAGGCUGCUGUGCACCCUGAUAGCUGUGUGCGUUUGGUUCUUAGUUCCAAUGCUAGUCGUGUUUGCUAUCUGUCCAGUGAUCCUGACCUCACUACUUGGAUGUCCUCGUUUUUUCUUUUCUUUUUUGUAUUUUCUAUAUCUUUAUUUCGUAUCACUGUGUGUUCCACUCAUUCUCUGUACAUGUACAGUCAUGUACUCUGCUCUAGCUAUUAUACCAUGAUAUAUUUCAGCUUCCCUGCUGUGGCUGUUCAAGCCAUGCUUCCUAAUUAUUUGUUCCAGUGCAGUAGCAGCAGCAGGGACAUCGCAACACUACCUUCAAUUUUCAGCACUGACGAAAUGAAUAGUGGUGAUAAGGAUGCAUUUGGAUGCAGUACUAUUUCCAGCAUUCAACUCUGCAUACGCCCGCUGCCUGUUGGUAAAGACUGAACUCGGAUCCGUUAUGGCAGGUCAGCGCUCCGUGUUUAUGAAGGUGGCGCUACUGAUGUAAUUCAUAGCUAUUCCUCUCCGCUGAUUUCCAAGCAAUGUUCCUUAUUUUUAUCGUGUAUCUCUGCCCAACAGCUGUAUCUGACUGCUCAUUACUUUUCAUAGCUAUUUUUACUCUUUACGGUCGGACCAUAAGAAUGAAACAAACUUGGACUAACAAGA